UGUUUCUCCUUUUCUUCCUCUUCUCUUAAUUAAUCUUGAAUAUCCAUCUCUGCAACAAAGUUUAUGUUCUCAGCCCAUCCAUGGCAGAUCAACAUAAUUCGGCAUCAACCGACUUUCAUAACAUUCUUGGUCUGGCUAAGGGUUCUUCCAUUAAAGAUGUCUGCAAGGCUUACAAAUCCCUUGUUAUGCGAUGGCAUCCUGACAAACACAGUAGCUCCAAUAAAGUUGAAGCUGAAUCCAAGUAUAAAACAAUUAACGAAGCCUACGAGGCUAUUAAAGACAAGAAACUAGUAGAUGAAAACAUAAACGGUGUACAUGAUUCCGAUAGUAUCAGAGGAGGAUAUGUGAGAUCAAGAUCAAGAAGGGAAGAUCCGACGACCCCUAAGGGAUCUUUUUUUAGACAUCUUAGGGCCGAUAGUAAUGGUGCCUCUCCUACUUCUCUAUCCAAAAGUUCGAGCCGGAGGAGUCAUACUCCACAACCUUGUCGUCCAAAAUCUCUGUUGAAGAGUUUGAGCCGAAGGAGCACCACCCCAACACCCAGUAGUAACCGUCCUGAUUCUCUGUCUAAAAGUAUGAGCAGAAGGAGUGCUAGCACAACACCAAUCAUGUUCUCAUGCUCUUCGGAGCGGGCUAAACUCCCACCGGUCGAGAAGACGCUCGAAUGCACACUUGAAGAAUUGUGCCAUGGAUGUGUCAAGAAGAUAGAGGUCACAAGAGACGUCUUAACAGAUAACGGGGUAAUGGUUCAAGAAGAGGAAGUGCUGCGGAUAAAAGUAAAGCCAGGUUGGAAGAAAGGUACGAAAAUCACGUUUGACGGAAUGGGAAAUGAGAAACCAGGAACAUUGACAGCAGAUAUCAUAUUUGCGAUCGAUGAAAAACGACAUCCGGUAUUCAAGAGACAAGGUGAUGACUUGAUAUUAAAAAUGGAGAUCAGCUUAGUUAAGGCUCUCACUGGCUGCACACUUCCCAUACCUCUCCUGGGGGGUGAAAAGAUGAGUAUAUCGUUCACUGAUGUUAUCAUAUGCCCUGGUUACGAAAAAAUAAUUCAAGGCCAAGGCAUGCCAACGACGAAAGAUCCGACAAGAAGAGGUGAUUUGCGGAUCAAAUUCCAUAUUGUUUUUCCCACUGAUUUAACACAAGAACAACGUUCCGAUAUCUUCAAUCUUCUCAAUGAAAGCUCUUGAGUAUUCACAACUUGUUUCAAUUAGAUCCGUCCACCCCUCCUACUCUCUUCUUCUUUUUUUGGUUUACUCAGAAAUUGCAACUGUAUCAUAUACAUGCUUAGAAGCUAUAAAUUUAUAUAGGCGUCAAUUUAUAAGAUGUACACACGCUUGUUUCUUUUA